AUGGAUGAGGAUGGCCCAACCGGGAGAGUGCCCAAAGGCCCAACCCGGGAGAGUGCCCAAAGGCGCCCAACCCGAGAGUGCCCCCAAAUGGCCCCACCCGCGAGAGUGCCCCCAAAGCCCAAUCCGGAGAGUGGCCAACAAAGGCCCACACCGGAGAGUGCCCAAAAGGCCCCACCCGGGAGAGUGCUCCAAAGGCCCAACCAGGAGAGUGCCCCAAAGGCCCAACCGGAGCAGUGCCCCCAAAGCCCAACCGGACGAGUGCCCAAAAAGGCCCCACCGCGAGACUGCCCAAAGUCCCCUCACCCGCUGAGAGUGCGCCAAAGCCCCGACCGUGGAGAGUGCCCCAAAAGCGCCCCACCCGGAGGUGCCCAAAAGCCCCACCGGAGAGUGCCCCAAAGGCCCCACCCGAGAGUGCCCCAAAAGACCCCACCCGCCCAGGCCAGGAGAGUGCCCAAAGGCCACCGGAGAGUCCCCCCACCCGGAGAAGUGCCCAAAGCCCACCCGAGAGUGCCCAAAGGCCCCACCCGAGAGUGCCCCAAAGGCCCAAAGCGCCCGGAGAGGCCCAAAGCCAACCGUGAGAGUGCCCCCAAAGCCACCCGGAAGUGGUGUGCCCCAAAGGCCCAACCCGGAGAGUGCCCAAAAGGCCCCAACCCGAGAGAGUUGCCCAAGCGCCCACCCGGAGAGUGCCCCAAAAGGCCCACCCGGAGGCCCAGUGCCCAAAGGGCCCCAACCCGGAGAGUGCCCCAAAGGCCCCACCCGAGAGUGCCCCAAAAGCCCCACCCGGAGAGUGCCCCCAAAGGCCCCACCCGAGAGUGCCCAAAGGCCCCACCCGAGAGUGCCCCAAAGGCCAACCCCCCAAGGCCCACCCGGAGAGUGCCCAAAGCCCCACCCGAGAGUGCCCAAAGGCCCAACCCGGAGAGUGCCCAAAGGCCCCACCGGAGACCCCCAAAGGAGAGUGCCCCAAAGGCCAACCGAGGUGCCCCAAAGGCCCCACCGGAGAGUGCCCCAAAGGCCCAAACCCGGAAAGUGCCCAAAGCCCAACCCGGAGAGUCCCCAAGCCCCCACCCGGAGGAGAGUGCCCCAAAGCCCCACCCGGAGAGUGCCCCAAAGGCCCCACCCGGGAGAGUGCUCCCCACCCGGAGAGUAAAGCCCAACCCGGAGAGUCCCCAAAGGCCCAACCCGGAGAGUGCCCCAAAGGCCCAACCCGGAGAGUGCCCCAAAGGCCCCACCCGGACCCGAGAGUGCCCCCAAAGCCCCCCACCCGGAGGAGUGGCCCAAGAGUGCCCUCACCCGGAGGAGUGGCCCAAAGGCCCGACCCGAGAGGCCCGAAGGCCCCACCCGGAGAGUGCCCCAAAGACCCCACCCGGAGAGAUGCCAAAGGCCCCAACCCGGAGAGGUGCCCCAAAGCCCAACCCGCGAGAGUGCCCCAAAGGGCCCAACCGGAGAGCCCCAAAGGCCCAACCCGGAGAGUGCCCCAAAGGCCCAACCCGGAGAGUGCCCCAAAGGCCCCACCCGGAGAGUGCCCCAAAGGCCCCACCCGGAGAGUGCCCCAAAGGCCCCACCCGGAGAGUGCCCCAAAUAGGCCCCACGGAGAGUGCCCAAAGGCCCCACCCGGAGGAGUGCCCCAAAGGCCCCACGGAGAGUGCCCCCAAGGCCCCACCGGAGAGUGCCCCAAAGGCCCCCCCGGAGAGUGCCCAAAGGCCCCACCCGGAGAGUGCCCCAACAGGCCCCACCCGGAGAGUGCCCCCAAAGCCCCACCGGAGAGUGCCCCAAAGGCCCCACCCGGAGAGAGUGGCCCAAAGGCCCACCCGGAGAGUGGCCCAAGGCCCCACCCGAGAUGCCCCAAAGGCCCAACCCGGAGGAGAGUGCCCCAAAGGCCCAACCCGGAGAGUUGCCCCAAAGCCCCAACCCGGAGAGUGCCCCAAAGGCCCCCAAGAGUGCCCCAAAGGCCCAAAUGCCCCAAAGGCCCCACCCGGAGAGUGCCCAAAGGCCCCAACCCGGAGAGAAAGGCCCCAAAGGCCCAACAGAGUGCCCCAAAGGCCCCACCCGGAGAGAGUGCCCCAAAGUGCCCCACCCGGAGAGUGCCCCAAAGGCCCCACCCGGAGAGUGCCCCCAAAGGCCCCACCCGGAGAGUGCCCCAAAAGGCCCACCCGGAGAGUGCCCCAAAGGCCCACCCGGAGAGUGCCCCCAAAGGCCAGAGAGUGCCCCAAAAGGCCCCACCCGGAGAGUGCCCCAAAAGGCCCAGAGAGUGCCCCAAAGGCCCCACCCGGAGAGUGCCCCAAAGGCCCAACCCGGAGAGUGCCCCAAAGGCCCAACCCGGAGAGUUGGAGAGUGCCCCCCCAAAGAGGCCCCCACCGAGAGUGCCCCAAAAGGCCCACCCAACCCGGAGAGUGCCCCAAAGCCCCAACCGAGAGUGCCCCAAAGGCCCCACCCGGAGAGUGCCCCAAAGGCCCAACCCGGAGAGUGCCCCAAAGGCCCAACCCGGAGAGUGCCCCAAAGGCCCAACCCGGAGAGUGCCCCAAAGAAGCAGCUAACUCCUUUUGCCCGAGGACGCCCGCACUCAUCGGAUCCUAUGACAGGGAUGCUGUGCUGCAUGACUAA